UUUUGUUUUUUUACUAAAUAGUUUUCUAAAAAAAUAAAAUAAAAAAAUAGUUUUUUUUUAUAAAAAUAGAAAGCAACAAAAAAGCGUUGUGUUCGAAGAUCGAGCUCUGAGCCAAGCGUUUGCAAAAAGAGAAGAAAGAGAUAGGAGGAGGAGGAGGAGGAAGAAGAGGGAAGAGCAUCGAACAUCACCACCACCACCCGUCGCCGGCAUCUUCACACCGGCGUUCAUUCCUGCUGGAUCGAUACGAAUCUAACUUCUUCCCUCCCUUAAUCCCUCAUCAACCUCUCAAGUAGCAAAAAUGGAUGGAUCAACUGCCCGAGGGGGUAGCAAUGUGGAUAUGUUUUUACCAAAUUACAAGCUUGGGAAAACACUUGGGAUUGGUUCUUUUGGCAAGGUCAAAAUCGCAGAGCAUGCGUUGACUGGCCAUAAAGUUGCUGUCAAGAUCCUGAACCGGCGCAAGAUAAAAAACAUGGAAAUGGAAGAAAAAGUGAGAAGAGAAAUCAAAAUAUUAAGAUUGUUUAUGCAUCCUCACAUUAUACGAUUGUAUGAGGUUAUAGAGACACCUUCAGACAUUUAUGUUGUGAUGGAGUAUGUUAAGUCUGGAGAGCUCUUUGAUUAUAUUGUAGAGAAAGGUAGAUUGCAGGAAGAUGAAGCUCGUAACUUUUUUCAGCAGAUAAUUUCUGGAGUGGAGUACUGCCAUAGGAAUAUGGUGGUUCAUAGAGACCUUAAACCUGAGAAUUUGCUUUUGGAUUCCAAAUGCAAUGUUAAAAUAGCUGAUUUUGGUCUGAGCAAUAUAAUGCGUGAUGGUCAUUUUCUGAAGACCAGUUGUGGAAGCCCAAAUUAUGCUGCCCCAGAGGUUAUCUCUGGGAAGUUGUAUGCUGGGCCUGAAGUAGAUGUCUGGAGCUGUGGUGUUAUAUUGUAUGCUCUUCUUUGUGGGACACUUCCUUUUGACGAUGAAAACAUUCCAAACCUAUUCAAGAAAAUUAAGGGUGGGAUAUACACUCUUCCAAGUCAUUUAUCACCUGGUGCAAGAGACUUGAUCCCAAGGAUGCUUGUGGUUGAUCCAAUGAAGAGAGUGACCAUUCCGGAGAUUCGCCAGCAUCCAUGGUUCCAGGCUCAUCUUCCACGUUAUUUAGCUGUGCCCCCACCAGAUACGAUGCAACAAGCCAAAAAGAUUGAUGAAGAGAUUCUUCAGGAGGUGGUUAAGAUGGGCUUUGACAGGAAUCAACUGGUCGAAUCUCUUCGCAACAGAGUACAAAAUGAGGGUACUGUUGCAUACUAUUUGCUACUGGAUAACCGAUUCCGUGUUUCCAGUGGCUAUCUUGGAGCUGAGUUCCAGGAAGCCAUGGAACAGAGUUUCAACCGAAUGCAACAAAGUGAGCCUGCUGCUUCCCCUGUUGGGCAUCGUCUUUCAGGAUAUGCAGAUUAUCAAGGGAUGGGACUGAGACAACAGUUGCCUGUGGAAAAGAAAUGGGCGCUUGGACUUCAGUCUCGAGCCCACCCUCGUGAAAUAAUGACAGAAGUUCUUAAAGCUUUGCAAGAAUUGCAUGUUGGUUGGAAAAAGAUUGGACAUUAUAACAUGAAGUGUAGGUGGAUUCCUUGCAUUCCUGGACAUAAUGAAGGCAUGGUUAACAAUAAUGUGCACAGUAAUCAUUACUUUGGGGAUGAGUCCACAAUCAUUGAAACUGAUGGUGUUAUGAAGGCGCCAAAUGUGGUGAAAUUUGAAGUGCAGCUUUACAAAACUCGGGAGGAGAAGUAUCUGCUUGAUCUGCAAAGGGUACACGGUCCGCAGUUCCUGUUCUUGGAUCUUUGUGCUGCCUUCCUUGCGCAGUUGCGUGUUCUUUAGAAAUAACAAUGCUAGGCUCACAAGUAGUCGACGGUGAAUCUACUGGUAUACUUGUGAAUAAAAAAACAAAAAAAAAAAAAAAAAAAAAAGAAAAAGAAAAGAAAAAGAAAAAGGAAGCCACUAGCAAUGUAAAUAUAAUCAUCCAUCAGUUUGAGCACUUUUUUUCACAUUAUUACCGGUUUUAUUUGGUAAUAGUUGUUAUGAGCUGAUCAUUGCUCGUACUGGCCUACUCGCUUCUAGUCUGGGUUUUCUCUUUGUUUGUACUCUUCCUAGAUUUUCCUCGAUGUUAUGAAAAUGAAUUAUCUUUCUAGA